GUCAAAUAGCCGUUUGCCAUUGAUGGGUGUCGAGUUUCUGUAAUAAAUUUCGUAUUUACUUUAAAUCCUAGUGAUUUUAUUAUUCUAAGUGCAAUAAAAAUGGUUUAGAUACAGUGCUGUGUUCAGAAUUACAAAACGUAGCCGUGCGCCGAUUCUCGUAAACACUUCCAAAAUGUCCGUUCCUACCACUGGAUUGAGCAAAUUGAAAAAAAAACAUAUUCGUGUGAAACAUCAGAAAGUGAAAUUAUUCCGUGCUAAUGAACCUUUACUCUCUGUUUUUAUGUGGGGUGUUAAUCAUACGAUAAAUGAACUGAGUCAUGUCUCGAUACCUGUUAUGCUGCUGCCUGAUGAUUUCCGGGCUUACUCCAAGCUCAAAGUGGACAAUCAUUUGUUUAACAAAGAGAACAUGCCAUCUCACUUUAAAGUGAAGGAAUACUGUCCGCUCGUCUUCAGGAAUCUCCGCGAGAGGUUCGGAAUUGAUGAUCUCGAUUACAAGGAGUCCCUUACCAGGUUUAGAAAGCCAGAUAACUACCUCCGUUCGCGGACGUCAAAGAAGUUUAUUAAUAAGCUGAGGAGGUCGGCCACAGCGCCCUCGGGUGUUGCCGAGUUGAGAAAUACUCAAGAGGGAUUGUUCCAUGACGCUAGCGAGUUCAUGAAACGCGGCUUGACCAUGAAACGGCUGAGGUCGCAGCCGAUACCAGACGAUUCGUCCGGCAAGUCUGGCGCCAAGUUCUAUCAGAGCUAUGACAGACUUUUCAUUCUGAAGACGCUCACGUCGGAGGAGGUGGAGAGGAUGCAUUCGUUCUUGAAGCAUUAUCACCCGUACAUUGUGGAGAGGCACGGCAAAACCCUCCUGCCGCAGUAUCUCGGCAUGUACCGGCUGACGGUGGACGGCAUCGAGCACUACUUGGUCGCCACCAGGAACGUGUUCUCGAAUCAUCUCAAUAUACACAAGAAAUACGAUCUGAAAGGGUCGACAGUAGACCGCGAGGCGUCCGAGAAGGAGUUAGAGAAAGAGUUGCCAACUCUGAAGGACAACGAUUUCAUCAAGCAAGGCGUUCGGAUCGACAUCGGCGAUGCUGCCAAGGAGAAACUGCUGGAGACCCUCACUGCUGAUGUCGAGUUCCUAACGAAACUGCACCUAAUGGACUACUCGCUGCUGCUCGGCGUGCACGAGUGCGGGCGCGGCGAGGCGGAGGCCGAGGCGGCGCGCCAGCGGGACGCCGAGCGGGACACCGACAACGACUCCGACACCGACACCGACACCGACACGCGGCACGACAGAUGGGGCUACAACACGCCGCCGGACAGCCCGCGCGGGUUCGCGCGCCAGUCGUCGCUGCGCUACGAGGGGAUCAUACCGGAGCUCGAUAUAUACGCUAUACCUAGUCAGGAGGGAGCUCCCAAGAAAGAGAUAUAUUUUGUAGCACUCAUCGAUGUCCUCACCCACUAUGGAGUAAAGAAACAGGCAGCGAAAGCGGCGAAGACCGUGAAGUACGGCAGUAACGUGGACGGCAUAUCCACCUGCGACCCGGAGCAGUACGGCAAGCGGUUCAUAGAGUUUGUGGCCAAAGCGAUCGAGGGGAACUAAGUGUUGUGCGGUGGUGAUAGUGCCUCUUUUAGUGUGGACCGUUUGUGUUUGUGGGGGUCGAGUUGUGUGGGGUUGUGUGGGCUUGGUGAUGUUGUUGAUGAGGUAUAUAGUUCUUUUUGGGGACAAUGUCUAUGUAUGAGUUUAUUAUUAUCGUUUGAGUUUUUUUGUUAUUGAUAAUAUUAUUUUACACUAGCAAAUAACCUCUAAUGAAAACUGAAGAUAUUAGUGUAUAUGUUGUUUUAUUUUUAAGUGUGUUUACUAUGUUCAUUCUUUGAUGAUAAUAAUGUCUGAAAAACAGACAUUUUUGAGGAAUUCUACAAAUACUGUACUCAUAUUCAAUUUUUCUUAAAUAAAACGAUAUUCAUUACAUUUUAUAUAUCUUUCAUAUGUAAAUCUACCUUUGAAAAUAUUUCUAGCCUCUUAAACUCUAAAGGAACACACAACUCCCACGAAACCCUUUAAGUAAAGGAGUGAUAUGGUAAAAUUCUGUGGCCAUGUUAUAUUGUUUUGAAGCAGUUCUAAAUUAUUGUUGUAUUGUGUAUAUUUUAAUUUAUGUAUUAAAUAUUUCUUUAUUAAAUAGCUUAGAUUCAUUUAUAAAGGUGCAUUUAAAUGAAGGAAUGGAACUUUUAAUAUUCAUAUAUAUAAAUAUAUAUACCUACUAGACGCUUUUCCCGUCUUCGCCUGGAUAUCAAGAUUCCUGUUUUAUCCCAA